GCAAAGGGCGCAGGAGGGGGAGGGGAGCGGCCGCUAAUUAGCCAUGGAGGAGCAGGCGCGGAUUCGGCGCGUCGGAAUCCUGGGAUACGGCGAGCUCGGGCAGUUCCUGGUGUCGCAGCUGCUGUCGCAGGGUCCGUCCGUCGGUCUGUCCCUGUGCUUUGUCUGGGCUCGCCGCCAGGGGGCGCUGGAGGCGCUGCCGCCCCCGCUGCGCCUGGGGGACCUGCGGGAGCUGCCGAGCACGGGGGUGGACCUGGUGGUGGAGGUGGCACACCCGUGCGUGGCGCAGGAGCACGGCGAGGACAUCCUGGGACACGCCGACCUCAUGCUGGGGUCCCCCUCGGCGCUGGCGGACGCUGUCACCGAGCGGCGGCUCCGGGCGGCGGCGGCGCGCGGGGGCCACACCCUGUACGUCCCCAGGGGGGCGCUCUGGGGCUGCGAGGACAUCGCCAGGAUGGACAGCGCGGGGACACUGCAGGCGCUGAAGGUGACGAUGACGAAGGCGCCGGGCAGUUUCCGCCCGCAGGGCUGGCUGUCCCCGCGCGUGGCGGCCGCGGUGGCCUCGGGGACGAGGACGGUGCUGUACGAGGGUCCCCUGCGCCCGCUCUGUCCCCUCGUCCCCAACAACGUCAACGCCAUGGCCGCGGCCGCGCUGGCGGCGCCGCGCCUCGGCUUCGACGGCGUCACCGCCUGCCUGGUGGCCGACCCCAGUGUCCCCGACUGUCACAUUGUCACCGUGGAGGUGACCGCCGUGCCCGAGCGCGGCCGCGCCCUCACCGUCACCAGCACCCGCCGCAACCCCGCCGAGCCCGGCCGCGUCACCGGCAGCGCCACCCGCCACAGCUUCUGGAGCAGCGUGCUGGCCUGCACCGGACACGGCGGCUGCGUCAAGCUCUGCUGAGGAGGAACAGCGAAAACGCCAGCGGGGACGCCUUGGGGACAAUUUGGGGACAUUUUGGGGACAUUUUGGGGACAUUUUGGGGACAAUAAAACCCUGCCCAGGCCUGGCGGUGA